AUGUCAGCUCCAGCGGCUUACAAAGACGAACCGAGAUAUGUGGUAAUCAAAAGACUAGACAAUAAUACAUUCGUAGAGGUAUCGCCAUUCGUGAUCAAAGAAGCAAUUGAUCGCUGUUGCGAGGGCGAAGUGGACAUGUGUCGAAAAACCCGAGGUGGAUUUCUUUUGGUAAGAACCAAGAACGUGGGGCAAGCGCACCAACUAAUGGCGGUAAACGCCAUUCACGGCAUUCCCGUCUGCGUAAGCGAACACAGAACCCUCAAUUUUUCCAAAGGAGUCAUCUUCUGCAAGGGACUGAGUCACAUUGGAGUGGGCGUCAUAUUGCGUGAACUGAUGUCACAGAAUGUCGUGAGAGUGCGAAAGCUACCCAAGAAACGCAAGCUAAGGAGUACCGGCCUCGUUGUACUAACGUUUGCUUCCGCCACUCUGCCGUCAACACUUUCUAUCGGCUACGACUUGGUCACUGUGACACCAUUCAUCCCCUUGCCCCUUCAAUGCCGAAACUGUCUAAGGCUGGGACACCCCACAGCCUCCUGCAGGGGGCCUACAGCAUGCCGCCGAUGCUCAGCUAUACAACACACUGCUCCCGGCGAUGUCUGUACCGCUGAUAAGUUCUGCGUAAACUGCUUGUACGGCUCUAGCGAACAAUACAUGCAUAGUCCCGUGGACAAAUCGUGCCCCGAGUUCGUCAAGCAACAAGAAGUCACAGCCAUCAAAGUAAUCGAAAAGGUUGACUACGAAACUGCACUGCGAAUAUACAUCUCCCGCAUGGAAGCCAGGGACUAA